AUGGCAUCAUCUCUUACCACUUUACCUUUCUUCAUAUCACACCAAACAUCUCGAAUUCAAAAACCUAGAUUUUCCUUGGAGAAUCCUGUUUCAGUUUCUAAAACACCACUUGAAAAGACACCGUUUUUAGGGAAGAGUUUGAAUUUACAAGCGGGGAGUUUCGGCGGUAAUUUUGGGAAAAACCAUGUCCGUAUUUCUCCGAUUCAAGCAAUAGUGAAGAGGAGGAAAGAGCUUCCUUUCGACAACGUGAUUCAAAGAGACAAGAAGCUGAAACUAGUUAUGAAAAUCAGAAAAAUCUUACUGACUCAACCCGAUAGAGUUAUGCAACUUCGUGAUUUAGGUAGGUUUAGAAAAGCAUUAGGGCUUCAAAAACGCAGACGCUUCAUCGCACUUUUGAGAAAGUUUCCUGGUGUAUUUGAGAUCGAAGAAGAAGGGGUUUACUCCCUCAGAUUCAAACUAACACCUGAAGCCGAAAGAUUGUAUCUUGAAGAAAUGAAGGUCAGAAACGAAAUGGAAGAUCUAUUAGUUGUUAAACUAAGAAAACUACUAAUGAUGUCAUUAGACAAACGAAUCCUUGUAGAAAAGAUAGCUCAUUUGAAGAACGAUCUUGGCCUUCCAUUAGAGUUCCGUGACACAAUCUGUCAAAGGUACCCACAGUACUUUAGGGUUGUAAGAACCGAUAGAGGCCCAUCUUUAGAGCUAACACAUUGGGACCCUGAACUCGCAGUCUCAUUUCAAGAGCUUGAAGAAGAAGAUAAACUAGCAAAAGAAGCAGAAAAGAGAGAUUUAAUCAUUGAUAGACCACCAAAGUUCAACAGAGUGAGACUUCCAAAGGGUCUUCAACUUUCAAAAGGUGAAAUGAGACGUAUUUCUCAAUUUAGAGACAUGCCUUUCAUCUCACCUUAUUCAGAUUUUUCCUCAUUAAGACCUGGUAGUGCUGAAAAAGAAAAACACGCUUGUGCUGUUGUACACGAGAUAUUGAGUCUUACAGUUGAAAAAAGAACUUUAGUUGACCAUUUGACUCAUUUUCGUGAAGAGUUUAGAUUCAGUCAACAACUUAGAGGGAUGCUUAUAAGACACCCUGAUAUGUUUUAUGUGUCUUUAAAAGGAGACCGUGAUUCUGUGUUUUUAAGAGACGCAUAUCGUGAUUCACAAUUGGUUGAUAAAAAUCGGUUGUUGAUUAUUAAAGAGAAGCUUCGUGCUUUGGUUUCUGUUCAGAGGUUUAGAGGGCGUGUGGUGAAAAGUGAUGAGAGUGGUGGUGAUGAAGAGGAUGAGGUGGAAGAAGAGGAUUGGUCGGAUCUUGAUGAGUUGGUGAGUAAUGAAAUGGAUGAUGAUGAUGAUGAUGAUGAUAUGCCUCCUGAUUUUGAUGAAGAUGAUGAAAAUGUGAAAAUGAAUCAAAGGAAAGAAGCAAAUCAAGAUGAAGAAAAAGUUCAUGAUCCUGUGUUUCCAGAUGGAAAGCCAAGAGAAAGAUGGUAA